GUUUUCUCCUCUGAUAAUCUCGCGAUGUUGGCGAAUUUCGGGUUAAUUUCGGGUUUAAAUGCAUUGUAACACGCGUUACUGAGAUUUGUGUGUAAUGCCUUACAUUACUGCUUGACAGCAAAAAGUAAUGCAUUACAGUAUAGAGGGUUUUCACCGACGUCACGUCUUGGGCAGUAACCCGGAUGCGCGGCCAUGUUGGAGGCACUCGAUGUAAACACUGCGCUGUAAUGCAUGUAAACUCUGCGCUGGAUAAACGAAAACGCUGCGAUGGAUAAAGGUCAUAAACCCAAGAAAAGCUCGUCAAAAGGCGUUAUAGAUGCAAAGGCAUACAGGGAAGGACUUGGACCGGGCGAAAAAGCACGAUAUUUGAGGAAGUUAGAUUUGAUUGGUGGUGCAGAUCCCUACGAGUUGGCUCCCUCGUCUUGGAUCAAUGACAAUGUUCGUUAUCAAUGUUUGUUAUCCUGACAUCGUCAACUACCUGGUUUUCUCGCCAAGCCCAUACACAGCGGAAGACCUUAAAGCGUACAAAAGUUUGGAGGCCUAUAACCAGAUGGUGUGUGGAUGGGUGAGGGAGAUUCAAUACCAAGUCAUCGACGACAGAUGUGUUGCGAAGGCCAAAGUUCUCCAUUCUCAAUCAAUCCGAGAAACACCCCUGGAACCCUGGAUAAUCGCUGAGAAGUCUGGUCGGAUACUUGGAGCCCACUGCACGUGUAUGGCUGGCCUCGGAGAGACGUGCACACAUGUUGCUGCAUUAUUGUUUCUCAUAGAAGAAACAGUGAAGUUGAGGGACUCAAAGACAGUGACGCAAGAGAAGGCGUAUUGGCUGUUACCUACUGCACUGUCUAAGGUGGAAUACAGGGAAUGCCGGAAGAUUGACUUCACUGUAACCAAGAGGUCUCAAGUAAAAGAGCUGGCAGGAUGAAAUGUGCUGCUCUUGGACAGCCACUUGAGGACCCAAGUGAUACUUCCACUUCUUCUACUGUUACAGUUGGGAAACCGCAACAGCCAACCAGUGAUGAACUGUCAUCAUUAUUCAGUGCUCUUAGCGCGACUGGAUCAAAGUCUGCUAUUUUGUCCCUGAUUGAGCCUUACUCUGACAGUUUUGUUCCAAAAUCAAUUGGAGAAAAUUUACCUCUUGUGUUGACGGAAUUGCGAAAAGACGAAGCAGUUCACAUGGACUAUAGUGAGCUAUUGUCCACAUGCAAAGAUGUUGAAAUUUCUGUUUCAGAGGAGCAAGCAAAGGCAGUUGAGGCCGCUACAAGGGAUCAAGCUUCCUCUAAACUGUGGUUUAGAUUUCGCGCUGGUCGAAUCACAGCAUCUAAAAUGAAAACUGCAUGUUGCACUGAUCCAAAACAGCCAGCUCAGAGCUUAAUCAAAAGUGUAUGCUAUCCUGAGUCAUACAGAUUCACAUCAAAAGCCACUACCUGGGGAUGUAAUCAUGAGAAAUUUGCACGUGAUAUGUUUAUAGAUGUACAUAAGGAAUCUCAUGAAAAUGUUAAAGUACACGACACAGGUUUUUUCAUAAAUCCAAGUGUGCCAUUCUUGGGUGCUUCUCCCGAUGGCCUUGUUUCUUGUGAUUGUUGUGGUGUCAGUGUAAUUGAAGUGAAAUGUCCAUUCUGUGUGAAAAGUGACAUGUUGGACAGUGUAUCCUAUUUGGAGAAGGACAGUGAAGGGAAACUGACACUUAACCGAAACCACCAGUAUUUCUACCAGGUGCAAACUCAACUUGGGGUGUGCAAACUGGAAUCUGCCUAUUUAGUUGUUUGGACAGAAAAGGAUUUGCAUGUUGAGUGCAUUUUAUUUGAUGAAGAGUUUUGGGACACAAUAUGCCAGGAAAGCAAGAAUAUUUUUGACACAGCCAUUAUGCCAGAGUUAGUUGGCAAGUUUUACACAAGGCUUUCAUCUACCAUGGCCAAUGUGUCCUCGCAACCUGGAGUAUCUACCUCGGCUGAAUCACAUGGCUCUGAUUGUGCUGCAAGUGCCAGUGGCCAAGAAGAAACCUGGUGUUUCUGUGGCCAGGUUGAGUUUGGAAAGAUGAUUUUGUGUGACAAUGCAAAAUGUCAUAUUAAGUGGUUUCACUACUCGUGCAUUAAUGUCAAGGUUGCACCAAAGGGAAAAUGGUAUUGCCCAAAGUGCCAAAAGCUACCUAAGUUUGAGCCAAAAAAGGGAAAGAAACCUUUGAAGUAAAAAAACAAAACUGUAUUUUUUAGUGGACUGUUGUGAAGUUACGCACUUCAGGCACUUUGUUUUAAUGUUGGUUAAAACAAUAUUUAAUUUAUUUAGAAACGUGUACCUUUUUUGAAACUGUUCUUUAAAUAUUUUUAGCAUUUGAUUUCAAGUUGGUGAGAUUUUGCAAUGCUAUACUGACAAAAAAAGUUGUAAAACUCAAAUUGCAUACAAAAUUAUGUUCGCACUAUAGUAUACUGUAUAUACUAUAAUUUAUAGUACUGUAUAGUUUAUAAGCUAUCUGUUCUGAUAACUGUGUGGUUUUCCUUUAAUAAAUCUGUGUUCUGAU